CCUCGACAGCGGCUGCUUCCCACUGGGGGUCUCGGAGAGCAUCGCACUCCCAUGUGCGCUGCUGUGCCCGCUGGAUGUUGAAAUUGCGCCGUGCGCCUUGCCAGGAGCCAUCAUGUCCAACCCAACCCACGACCCGUUCUACUCGUCCCCGUUCGGACCCUUCUACAGGAGACACUCGCCCUACAUGGUCCAGCCCGAGUAUCGGAUCUACGAGAUGAACAAGCGGCUGCAGGCGCGCACAGAGGAAAGCGACAGCUUGUGGUGGGACGCCUUCGCCACCGAAUUCUUUGAGGAGGACGCGACUCUCACGCUCUCCUUCUGCCUCGAAGAUGGACCAAAGAGAUACACUAUCGGCCGGACGCUGAUUCCCCGUUACUUCAGCACGGUGUUCGAGGGCGGGGUGACCGAGCUCCACUACAUCCUCAAACACUCCAAGGAGUCCUUCCACAACUCCUGCAUCACCGUGGACUGUGAUCAGUGCACCAUGGUCACCCAGCACGGGAAGCCAAUGUUUACAAAGGUUUGUACGGAGGGUCGUUUGAUACUGGAGUUUGCCUUUGACGAUCUGAUGAGGAUCAAGACGUGGCACUUUACCAUCAGGCAGUACCGAGAGCUCAUCCCCCGCAGCAUCCUGGCCAUGCACGCACAAGACCCUCAGGUGCUGGAACAACUGUCCAAAAACAUCACUCGCAUGGGCUUGACCAACUUCACCCUCAACUACCUCAGGUUGUGUGUCAUCCUGGAGCCCAUGCAGGAGCUAAUGUCAAGGCACAAGACCUACAACCUCAGUCCCCGGGACUGUCUCAAGACAUGCCUAUUCCAAAAAUGGCAGAGAAUGGUAGCUCCACCAGCUGGACACCCACAGAACUUCAAAACGGAAAUAUUUCCCACAAAUCACAAAAAAGGUCGCGCCAAAGCUGAGCCCGCCCGACAGACGACCACCAAGAGGAGGAAACGGAAGAACUCAGCCAGCAGCGCCAACAGCAGCGUGGGCAACACCGCCAGCAAGAAACGCAGCCCCGCCACCAACUUCAGCCUCUCCAGUCAGGUACCUGACGUGAUGGUGGUAGGCGAGCCGACCCUGAUGGGCGGAGAGUUUGGGGACGAGGAUGAGCGUCUGAUCACUCGUCUGGAGAACACGCAGUAUGACGCCACCAACGGCCUGGAUGACGAGGAUGACUUCAACAGCUCCCCGGCUCUGGGCAACAACAGCCCCUGGACCAGCAAGCCCCCCACCACCCAGGACAGCAAGCCGGAGAGCACAGCGCCCCAGCCGUCACAGUAAAAAACACAGAAGAGGAAAACAGUAGAGUCCACAUGGACUGGACCCGUUUUAUUCCCUGAACCCCAUAACCCCCAGAGGGCAGUGCUCUUACACCUCAUAACAUUGAACUGAAUCAAACCCCCCCGUCUGCAAACUCAUCGCUGGCAGUGAUGUGCUCAUCUCCGCCAAAAAAUGUGGCCCGGACAUUUUUUUUCUUCUCUAAAUCUCUAAAAACAUCUAGGAGAACACUGAGAACUGGCAGCAUUGCACAGCAAUAUCCACACGUCAAAGACUACUUUGUUGUUUUUUUGUUUUUCAAAGAAAUGCGUACAAGUUGUAUGCAGAGAUAAUGUAAAAAUAAUAUGGUGUGGGCAUUUUCUCAAGAAUGCAGCGGAAAAUUGCAGAUGAAAUUCUCUUCCUUGGACAGUCAGAUGUGAACUUCCCGUCUAGGAGAAUACCACAGCUGUGAUUGGUUGACCUUUAGGUCACGAGUCAUCACUCUGUGACUGUAGACAGUGGGAAGGAGAAGAAGAAGAAGAAGAAGAAGAAAACACACAAAUAAAAUGUCUCUAAAGAAUAGCAGGCUCAACAUGAAGAAGACAAGGUGUUUUUAACAGCCAACAGAACCAACAGAACCAUCUAACCGCAUUGGAGGCAACUGGAACAUUGUUCGAGACAUUUGCAUUUUUAUUGGAAAUUCAGUUGGCUGUUGGUUUGUUUCUGCUAUUCUUGUUUAUUUCCAUUUCCAAUUAAAAGGAAAUGAAUUUCUCUACAACUACGGACUCCUUUCAAAUGAGGGAAAGUCGUGUCCUAGGAUUGUUUUUCCACAUUACUGCAGUCGUCACAGAUUGUGAUUUCAUGCAAACCUGUUCGAUUGUGUUCGUAGUCUAUUGGUAUUUUGCUUCUCUCCGAAUCCUUUGCAAUCACGUUGUAAUUUUGCCGAUCAGUAUGUGAACUUUGCCGACGCACAUUGAUGCAUUAAUGUUAAUUUUUUUUCCCUCCUCAAAAUUUGACUUCUUUCCCUUUAAUGACCUACUCCCAAACUGAUACUGAAGCUUUUUCCUGCAUGAUUUUAUAGGACUUUUUUUGUUUGAUAUGUACUUUUUAAAACUCAUCAGUCCAAUUUUUUUGGUUCAUCAGUUUGGGAACACUGUUACAAGGUUUGUAGCUCUGUAAAUAGAGGUGGGACCUAUUUUAUCCACUGUAAAUCAGCCACUGAAACCAGUUUGGAUAUGGCAGCUGUUUUGUUUAGUACAGGAGUUUCACAUUUCUGUAGGGUGGUUUGGGUGGACACUGGUUUCCUGCUGCCAAACCAAACUCACCACUGCAUCUUGAUGCCCCUGGUCCUCAUCAAUAACUACAGCAGAACCAAAGCCACAAAGUUAUCAAAUACCCGAAAAAGUUACAUAUCAUAUUUCACGUCUAUUCUCUGAAAUAAAUAGUAAUUUAACAAAGAUAAAUUCUACAUUUAAAAAUGUACAGAUAAGAUCCCAGCUACCUUACAGCCCUACAGAAAUAGUUUGAAAUCCCUGGUUUUGUGUUUGCAAUUGUUCUUUAAUCUUUAAUUGAAUUGAUACUAUCCCUGAUCUCCUGUUUUGUUGGAAUUUUGUUUGAAAAUGGGCAAGAAGACAAAGGUGGAUGUCUUUAUACAUUUGGAUCUUAUGGGUAUUUAUUUGUGCAUUUGUAAGGAAGCUAACACAUUUCUAAAUAUGUUUGAGCCUAGUAUUAUUAGACACCAUUUGUACAUUAUAUAGCAGAGGUGUUUAGUGUCAUAUCUGAUGUCUGGUAUGUAUGCUUUACCAUUAUGUGUGCCAAUAAACCGUGCUUACAAAGUA